CAUAGAAGUUAUUUUUUAGAAACAGAAAUGAGUGAUGAAGCAUCGAAAUGUAAACAUUUGUUGGUCGCUGCUUUUGAUUUCGGAACAACGUUUAGUGGAUACGCCUUUUCCUUCCGCAAUGAUCCAACACAGAUUCAAACCAACAUCGGUUGGAAUGCGGGUUCGGAAAAACUCAUAUCCUUGAAGACCCCAACAUGCAUUUUGCUUAAUCCGGAUGAGGAGUUCGUAGCGUUUGGCUUUGACGCUGAGAAUAAAUACAGUACCUUAGCAGAAGACAAUCAACAUGACGGAUGGAUGUUGUUUCGAAGGUUCAAGAUGCUGCUUCAUAAUAAUGAGGGUCUAAAAAGAGGGGCAACGGUCGAAGACAUCAAUGGAAAAUCAAUGCCAGCCAUGACGAUAUUUUCAAUGUCAAUUCGCUUUCUGAGGGAUCAUUUGGUUAAAGCACUAAAGACACAGACUGUCGGUAUUGAAGAGGCAGACAUCCAGUAUGUACUAACAGUGCCUGCAAUCUGGAACGACAAUGCAAAACAGUUCAUGCGCGAGGCUGCAAUAGAGGCCGGGUUGGAAGCAGAUCGAAUCAAACUAGCUCUUGAGCCUGAGGUAGCGUCAAUCUGGUGUCAGAAUGUCACAACUGACUUGAAAGGAGAAUUGGCGAGAUCAGGGAUGCAGUACAUGGUACUCGACCUUGGGGGUGGCACAGCCGAUAUAUCGGUCCAUGAAAAGAUGCAAGAUGGCUCUUUGAAAGAGAUACACAAGGCAAGUGGUGGCCCAUGGGGAGGCACCGCCGUUGAUUUGAAUUAUAUGAAGUGGCUCACGGAUCUUUUUGGAGAGGCGACUAUGGAAAGAUUCAAAGAUGAAGAGAUGGCCGACUAUUUUGAUAUCCAACGAGAAUUUGAAACAAAGAAAAGAAAUAUUUUACCAGAAACGACUGGAUUGAUAACAUUUCGAGUUGCUGCUUCGUUGAAGGAAAUCCACAACGAUAUUGGAGGCAAAGGAAUAUUAACGCGACUGUCAGAACUUGGUUUAAACAACAAGGUAACUUAUAGGGGAGAUAAGCUGAGAGUUGAUGCUUCAAUUGCAAAAAAAUGGUUUGCCGAUCCUUUGCAGAAAACUGUUCUGCACGUUAAAGGUCUGCUUACCGAGCCGAAAAUGAGAAAUGUAAGUAUCAUCUUGCUAGUUGGAGGAUUUAGUGAAUGUGAACUUGUUCAAGAUGCAGUUCGAAAACAGAUUACAAACAAGAAACUGGUUGUUCCAAACGAAGCAGGACUAGCUGUGCUGAAGGGGGCAGUGCGCUUUGGCCAUUUCCCUGACAUUGUUGCUUCGAGAGUCAUACGAUAUACCUAUGGGAUACAAACCAAUGUUGCAUUCAACUCUGCAGUCCACCCAAUGAAAUACAUGAGCUUGAUGAGCGGGAAAGAGAGGCUUGAUGGAGUAUUUUGUAAAUUUGUUGAAGUUUACAGUGAGUUAAAAAUUGGAAGUAUUGUGAAGAAAAGUUUCAAACCUAUCGACCCACUUAAGACUGGGAUAGAUAUAUUCACAAGCCCUGACCAAAGUCCAUUUCUUGUACAUGACGAAGGAUGUCAGCGAAUUGGAUACCUCGACAUUGAGCAUCCUGAAGGCGAAAUGGAGGACAAGUCUUUCGAGGUUUUUUUCGAGUUUGGUGAAACUGAGUUAUUUGUAAAAGUAAAGAUAACAAAAACUGGGCGCGAGUUUUACAAAACAAUCGAUUGCCUUUGAUUAAGAAAAAUGAUGAAGAGAAAACAUAACAGCACAACAUGGUGUAGUAUUGGUUAGCUUCAAUAUAAAAAAUGUAGGUGAAACUAAAGUUAAACAAAAUUACAAUUCAGCGUUAAUAUGCUACUAGUUGACAAGUAGAUGUUUCCAAUCAAUGCUUUCCUUUUUUGUUCUGUGCCAUUGGCAUAUAUAUGAAGUAUAAAGCAUUUUAUUUUAGGUGAUAUCUAAACAUUAACUCACCUCAUUUUCGGCAUUUGUGAAUUUAUUUUUUUGUGUUUUUUUUUGUGUCGUAGGUACAUCAGUCUGUGAUUUAAUAAACAAAUGGAUGAUUCAUUUGGCAAUUUGUUUUAUUUUUUAAAACGGAACUGUGUAGGAUAAGAAAACAAUUCUGGAAACAUGUCAAGAUUCCCGUAUUAAAAGACAUUAAGAUGAGACGUAUUUCUGUAUCUUUAUUUAAACUGUAAAGGUGAUGGUAGCCUUUUUAUCACGAGUCUAGCGAGUGUAUAUAUGUGUAUCGACAUUUGUAUAUUGUAAAUAAACUAUUGUGACUUA